CCCGAGAGUGAUGAAACAAUAAGAUGCUCCUCAAAAGCAAAUUCAAGCUGGCCACGGCCAUCGGCAUCGUCUUGUCGGUGCUCUCGCUGCUCGUGCACCUGUUCCUUGCAAACUACUCUGCCGGGGGCAUUACAAAGUACAGCCUGCAUAUGGAUGAUGUCCUUCCAUUCGGAUCGGUAAAGGCCUCGCCCCGUAGAUUGUGGGGUCCGCUGCGUGCACUUGAUCACCUACACCCCUAUGCAAAGCCUAGGAAAAACUACCCUGCUCCAGCUAACCAUAAUGGUUUUAUUUAUGCAAAGAUUUAUGGUGGCUUUGAGAAGAUACAGUCUUCUAUCUGUGAUCUUGUCGCUGUUGCCAGGCUCUUAAAUGCCACUCUUGUUAUUCCUGAAAUACAAGCGACAACUCGUGCAAAAGGCAUAAGUUCAAAAUUCAAAAGUUUUUCGUAUCUCUAUGACGAGGAACACUUCAUUGCUGCACUUUCUGAUGAUGUGCCUAUUGUGCGGGGUUUGCCCAAGGAUCUUAGAGAGGCUAGAAAAAAGAUAAAAUUCCCCACAGUAUCUCCUAGGAAUACAGCCACUUCAGAAUAUUACACCACUGAUGUCUUGCCCAGACUCGUCAAAUCAAAAGUCAUUGGGAUAAUCAUUAAUGGAGGUAAAUGUCUCCAGUCAAUUCUUCCUGCAAGCUUGGAGGAACUUCAGAGACUUAGGUGCAGGGUAGCUUUCCAUGCUCUAAAGUUCCGUCCAGAAAUCCGGUCCCUUGGGAGCCAAAUAGUGGGAAGGUUGCGAGCAUCUGGUCGUCCUUAUCUAGCAUAUCACCCAGGAUUGCUAAGAGAUACUCUAGCUUUUCAUGGUUGUGCUGAACUUUUCCAGGACAUCCAUACAGAACUUAUUCAAUAUAGAAGGAAUCAGAUGAUCAAACGAGGAACUGUAAAGGAACAGCUAUCAGUUGAUUCAGUGUCCAUAAAGAUAAAUGGUUCAUGUCCACUCAUGCCAGAAGAGGUUGGAAUUCUUCUCCAAGCAUUAGGUUAUCCAUCAACUACGAUAAUAUACUUGGCUGGUUCUGAGACCUUUGGUGGGCAAAGAGUGCUUAUUCCUCUACGAGCUAUGUAUGCCAACUUAGUUGACCGCACUUCCUUAUGUAGUCAGAGGGAGCUAUCUGAUUUAGUUGGCCCAGAGGCUCCUUUGUCCUCAGAUAUGCCACAUCCCCCACCUCCCAAGAGCGAGAAGGAACUCGUUGAGGAGUGGAAGAAAGCAGGGCCUCGUCCGAGGCCGCAGCCUCCUCCUCCUGCAAGACCAUUUUACGCCCAUGAGAAAGAAGGGUGGUAUGGAUGGAUUGGUGAGAAUGACACAGAACCUGAUCCAUCGCCAGUUGAAUUUAGGAGGCAAGCCCAUCGGUUGCUCUGGGACGCGCUCGAUUAUUUUGUUUCUGUUCAAGCUGACGCAUUCUUCCCUGGGUUUCACAAUGAUGGUAGUGGUUGGCCGGACUACUCAAGUUUGAUCAUGGGGCACCGGUUAUACCAAACUCCGUCUAGUAUAACCUAUAGACCCGACAGAAAGACUGUUGCUACACUGUUCGAAAAUGUCAGCGAUCAUCUGUAUCACCCACCACGAAAUUGGACAAUGGUUGCACGUCAGCAUCUGAAUAAUAGUGCGGGCAUAGAAGGCAUUGUAAUGUCAGCUAUGAUGUCAAAACCUGUAUCUUUUCUUGCGCACCCGUCACCGGAGUGCACUUGCAGAACAUCAAAGUCACCUGCCAUUCAGCCGGUGAAAGAUAAGCAUGGCUGGCUCCUUUUUGGAGGCGAAGAAGAGUGCCCUGAUUGGAUGGUCCGCAGCCUGGCAAUGGUUUCCACGAAGAAUAACGAACCUCAGAGUGAGGAUUAUGAGGGUGAGCUGACCGAAGAUGACUCUAGCCAAGACACACAACAGGAAUCUGAUAGAAGAGACACUAACAAAUCCUCUGAGCAAGACGAGGAGAUGGAUCCCGAUGACUGAGAAGAUGCGGAGCGUGGAACUUGCCCAUUAUCCGCUAUGAGCUCCAGAUUAAUUGAGCAACUAGCAGCUCCAGAUUUCACGAGCACAAGCAGAGUACAUCUCAAGGAUCUACUGGGCUGUCAACACAUCUUGCUCCAGAUUUCACGAACAACAUGAACACAUCUUGAAGCAUCAUGGGACUCACAUCAACCUUGGGUGCUUUUGCCUGGAUUGCCUUUGGUAUACGACCUCGACACAGAAACUAACACUUAGGUUCUUUUCUUCUCUGUAUUCCUUUCUUUUUUUCACAAUUUUGCGGGUGGUACCGAAAGUUGUUUCUGUAGAAAUGUCUAUUAACAACGGUGAAGGAUACAUUAAAAUUUUGGUGAGUGGUCUCUAAGCAUUGUGCUGGAAAUCAAUGUUUUUCUGUGUCCUUUUUUCAUGUGUCCUGCAUUGCAUUGUGUAUUU